AUGUCGCUGCAAGUCCCCCCGUCUUCCUUCGACCGCCCCGCCCACACCCAGCCUCUGGCGCACCCGCUGGACCCAAUCACUGCUCCGGAAAUCCAGAAGGCGGCGAGGCUGUUCAAGGACUCCAAUCCGAACAGGGACCUCCAUUUCAAAAGGAUUGCCCUCAUUGAGCCACCCAAGGCCCAGCUACGGCCAUAUCUCCAAGCCGAACUCCGCGGACAGAAGCCUGCCCCCUUGCCGAGACGCGUAGCUGCUUUGUACCUGUUCCGCGGCGAGAAUGAUACUUUUGCUGCCGAAGCCAACCUUUCCAGCGCCACGGUUGAGAGCGUCAAGAAGCUGGACAGCCGCAUCCAUGGCCAAGCUGACAUUGACGAGGUCAUCGGCAUGAGAGAUCUGUGCAUGGACCAUCCUGCCGUCAAGAAGGAACUCGACCGUCUGGCAUUGCCCCCCACUGCACGCGUGCAGUGCGACACCUGGCCCUACGGCCGUGAUUCGCCCACCGAGAAGCGGAGACUGAUCCAGUGCUACAUGUAUGCCUGUGGCCUCGAGAAGGAACACCCCGCGUCCAACGUCUAUGACUUUCCUCUCGACUUCUCUCCCGUGUUUGACAUGCAUACCAAAGACUUAGUCACCAUGUGUUACCUCCCUCUCGGCUCCGAAAUCGAGCGGAGCACCCCGCCGCAAGAAGGACAUAUUCCCCACAAGCCACGUGAAUUCCACCCGGACCUCCUGGACACACCCAUCCGCACUGACCUCAAGCCACUGCAUGUGAGCCAGCCGCAAGGAGCGUCUUUCACCGUCGACGGCCAUCUGGUUGCUUGGCAGAAGUGGCGGUUUCGGCUGGGGUUCAACUGGAGGGAGGGCAUGGUCCUCCACAACGUGACCUACGACGGCCGCGAGUUGUUCCAUCGCCUAAGCCUCGCCGAGAUGUUCGUCCCAUACGGAUCCCCCCAGUCUCCGUACCACCGCAAGUCAGUCUUCGACCUUGGCGACAUCGGGGCAGGUGUAUGUGCGAAUGAUCUCAGACUGGGCUGUGACUGUCUCGGUCUGAUCAAGUACUUCUCCUUUGUCAUCAACAACUCCCAUGGCGACCCGGUGGAGAAGCCGAACGCAGUGUGCAUGCAUGAACAGGACAACGGGAUCGGCUGGAAGCACACCAACUCGCGGACGGGACAAGUGACCAUCACGCGCUCUCGCAUCCUCGUCCUGCAGACCAUCAUCACCGUGGGCAACUACGACUACAUAUUCUCAUGGCAUCUCGACCAGGCCGCCGGCCUCCACUACAACAUUCAAGCCACCGGCAUCUUGUCCACCGCACCAAUCGCACACGGCGCCCAAGUCCCAUGGGGGACCGUCGUCAACGACGGCGUCGUCGCCCACUUCCACCAGCACAUAUUCUGCCUCCGCAUCGACCCCUGCCUCGACGGCGACACCAACUCCUUCCAGGAAGAAGACUCGGUGCCGCUCCCGCCCGACGCCGCGACCAACCCCUUCGGCGUCGGCUACGCCACGACGACGCGCACCCUCGCGCGCUCGGGGCCCUCGUCCGCGGCGCCCAACCGCGUCCACAAGCUCGUGAACCCGACCUCGCUCAACCGCACCUCGGGCCGGCCCGUCGCCUACGCCAUCCACAGCCCGCCCCGGCAGCAGCCGCUGCUCGCGCACCCGGACUCGUUCCACGCCCGCCGCGCCCAGUACGCCCGCCACCCCUUCUGGGUCACGGCCCACCGCGACGGCGAGCUGCACCCGGCCGGCGAGUACACGUACCAAUCGCUGCCGCCAAUGACGACGACGGGAGAGAAUGGGAAAGACGAAGACGAAAACAUCCUGCCGGACAACGCAGACCUGGCGGCGUGGGCGGCGCGCGGCGACAAAGUCGACGGCGCCGACAUCGUCGUGUGGCACUCGGUCUGCCUGACGCACAACCCCCGCCCCGAGGACUACCCCGUCAUGCCGUGCGACGCCAUGACCGUCGCCCUCAAGCCCAGCGGCUUCUUCGACGCCAACCCCGCCCUCGACGUGCCGCAGAGCACGCAGGACGCGAACCGGAGCGUGCUGGUGGCCGAUGACGACGAUGCCGGGGCGUGCUGCGGCGGCGCGGUGGGGAAGGAGAAGGAGAAGCCGAAGGAGAAGGAGAAGCCGAAGCUGUAG